AUGGCUGCUUCAGUGAUGCUUUCAUCGGUGACGUUGAAACCUGCGGGUUUCACGGUGGAGAAGAUGUCGGCGAGAGGAUUGCCGUCGCUCACAAGAGCUUCUCCUUCCUCCUUCAGAAUCGUCGCCAGUGGCGUCAAGAAGAUCAAAACCGACAAGCCCUUUGGAGUUAACGGCAGCAUGGACUUGAGGGACGGCGUCGACGCUUCCGGCAGAAAGGGCAAGGGAUACGGUGUUUACAAAUUCGUCGACAAGUACGGAGCUAACGUCGAUGGAUACAGUCCUAUUUACAACGAGGAGGAGUGGGCACCAGGUGGUGAUACGUACAAGGGUGGACUGACCGGUUUGGCAAUUUGGGCGGUGACACUCGCCGGAAUUCUCGCCGGAGGAGCUCUUCUUGUGUACAACACGAGUGCUUUGGCUCAGUAA